GUGAAUUAAGGUCGGUGAAAUCUCGUGUUCCUUCAAACAAACAUGUGAACGAUAAAGUGCAGUUUAGUGAUGGGGAGAAAUAAAAAAAAAAUCGGGUAAAUUCUCAAAAAAUGUGAUAGUACCCUUUUGUUUUGCUCGAAAAGUGAUUUUAUUCGUUGAAUUGUCGGCAGGACCGAAUAUAUAAUACCUUAUUGCUGUUUAGCUCUAAAUUCGUUACGUAAAGAGAAUUUAUGCAAAAUAAUGGACUAUGCAUUCCGUAAGAUAUUGUCGAAUAUAACAUAUUUUGCUAAAACAAACGAAGACCGAGCGAAGGGGUCUUUGACGAGCCGCCGUCGACACAACACGCAGGCCGAGCCGGAUGGAGCCUUGAAGGAGACCACCGCCGCCGAUCAUGGAAACAUAAUAACAAAAAAAGGCUCGCAUUCCGACACCGACAUUUUAUCCGCGAACGAGCAGAAGAAGAGGAAAAUAAGAAAAUUAAAACUAGACGUCAAGAAAGCCAGUCAAUCGAUGACCAGAUCGUUGGACUUCACCAACAACGAUGAUGACGGCUCCAACGCCGAGAACACGCCCAAACACAAGCUCCUGGAUUGCAAAAGCGCCGAGGUCUUCAGUUUCAGACUGAAGAGGUUCAAUUUCGAUAGCUCCUUCGAUUUACCAGACUCGCCGACCGAUUCGUCUUCCAGAACUGAAGAGAUUGUGGAAAUCGAUUCAUACUCUGACCCCAGCGAUACAGACGACUCGAGCGAAAAGAAAGAGGUCAAGAUGUGUCGGAAAGUUGAGCAGGAACCAGAUACGGACAGCGAAUCCACGUCGGUCUCACCAGAGCCCUUCGAAGACCUGGAGGACAAGAAUGAAGAGGAGCGUAUCAGUCUGCUGUUAAACUACCAAAUGCGCCUGGAGAAGCUAGAAUGUUUCUUACAGAAGUUGCUUAAUGAAUUCCAAUUUCACAUUGAAGUCUCGAAGAUAUUUAAUGCAAAAUCAAUUGUCACUGCCCCGUCUGGAACGGACGUGACACGGAUACCUAAGAUAUUGGGCCAGGUCACUCACGCCGACAAUACAACCCGAGGAAUCAGUCCAUCAUGGAACAUAAUCGUGGAGAAAGAGGAUUCUUCAUCUAAAAAUAAAUUAAAACAGCAGCUUUUAGCUAUGAAAGAAACAAUAGAUACAUUCAUCAACUUAUAUCUAGAUCACAGAAGAAAAGGAUUAACAGUUUUAAGAAAGUCGUACAGAAUCCAACGAAGUAAAUCUGCAAAGAUGACAAUAAAAAAGAAAAUGAAGCACUAUGAUUUUCCCGAUCUAAGGGAAGCCAUGAUCAACUUAUUCGGUACUGAGAGUGAGAAAGAAGAGUUAAGUGUCUCAAUGCACAAUGCUGGUCACCUAUUCAGCGAGUCAGAUUCUUCUGAAUGCAAUUGCAAAUGCCACUAUUCACCAUCUGACUCAGGCUUGACGUCAAAAGACACAAACCAAUCGAUAACUUCUUCGAUCGGGAAUUUCACUAUGGAUUCCAAUACGUUAUCAGCUUAUUCAGAGUCAUUAGACAUGAUAGUAAGCUAUAAUAGUUUUGAUGACUCGACUCUGUCUAUUUUACAGCAGAAGACAGCUAUAGAGCGGAUCACAUUCUACGUGCAAGCUCACAGCAUACAGAUAAAUUGUGAAGCUGAUGAAUUUGAGUCUAAGAACAUACUAACGUUUCACUGUCCGGCCUGUAAUAUUUCCGAGGUUGAUGAAGAAUGCCUUUUGAAACACAUUUUGAGUCAGAAACAUUGUGAGAAGAUCCAUUUUUUAUACAAGACUGCCUACAUUAAGAAAUGUGUUGCAUCUGGAAAAGAAAUCAUGCCAAGCACAGUUUUAAACCCGAUGACAUUAUAUAGGGAUGGUAAUAAAAUAGUUUGCUUCGGUGAUGCAAUGUAUGCUUGUACGCUCUGCUUCGAGAACCUAAUAGUUGGAGAAUCUGUGUUGAUGGCUCAUUGCUAUGAUAAAAACCAUGUGAACAGGAAGGAGACUCUGUCCGAGUUAUUCGAGUGAACAGUUUUCUGGCAUGUAACAUUUAUUUCAUGUGAUUGAUUCGUAAUAAUUUUAUUUUUAGUAGAUUUUUUCCUCUUUUAAAUCUAUGAAAUGCCUAAUCUAUAAAAACAUUACUAUUUCAAUGCACUUUUUGAUGUCUGUGAAAUUCUUAUUAUCAUUUCUGUUCUAUUUGAAGCUCUCUAGGAAAUAAUCUGUAAUUUAAUCAAAAUAACA